AUGGCCACUGAGCUUUGCCCCGUCUACGCGGAAGUGAAACUAACAUCGUCAUCACAGCCCUUCUUCGGCGCGCUGGGCUGCACCUCUGCUAUUGUCUUCACCUGUUUCGGUGCCGCAUAUGGAACUGCUAAGGCCGGUGUCGGAGUCUGCUCCAUGGCUGUCCUCCGUCCCGACCUGAUCGUCAAGAACAUUGUCCCCAUUGUCAUGGCGGGUAUCAUUGGUAUCUACGGUCUUGUCGUGUCGGUUCUGGUCGCCAACGACCUGACCCAGGCUCUCCCCCUCUACACUGGUUUCAUCCAGCUCGGUGCUGGUCUCUCUGUCGGUCUGGCUGGUCUCGCUGCGGGUUUCGCUAUUGGUAUUGUCGGUGAUGCAGGUGUUCGUGGAACGGCCCAACAGCCCAGACUCUACGUCGGAAUGAUUCUGAUUCUCAUUUUCGCUGAAGUCUUGGGUCUUUACGGGUUGAUUGUUGCUCUUCUUAUGAACUCUCGCUCCAAAGCAGUCUGCUAG